CUAGAUUGUUUUCAAAAUGGCGGAAAAUACGGAAUCUAAAAAUGAAGACAACACAACAUCGGAUCCAUUUUACUUAAAUGCAAAAAAAUACUGGGCUAAUGUAACGCCUACUGUUGACGGAAUGUUAGGCGGAUUUGCGAAAAUAUCCCCAACUGAUAUUAAUGGUUCUAAAGCAUUUUUACGCCCUUUCCUCAAGAUAUCUGGUGGUUCUGUCUCACCAAAUCAUGCAUUGGAUUGUGGGGCAGGCAUAGGAAGAGUGACUAAACGUCUACUUUUACCCAUUUUUGAAAGUGUUGACAUGGUCGAACAGGACCAACACUUCUGUGACAAUGCCAGAGAAUUCAUCGGCCCUGAUUCGUCCAGAGUGAGCAACAUUUUUUGUACAGGUCUCCAGUCUUUCACCCCUGCUGAGAAAACAUACGACCUCAUAUGGUCACAGUGGGUGCUGGGACACUUAGAAGAUGAUGACUUGAUUACUUUCUUCAAGAAAUGUCAAAAGGGAUUAAGGGAGGGCGGUGUGUUUAUAUUAAAAGAGAAUAUUCUAGAAUGUGGUAGAAAAACUCUUGAUGACUGUGACAGUAGCUACACAAGGACUAAAGAAGACAUGAGAGAAUGUAUUCGCAAGGCUGGCUUGACCAUCCUAGCUGAGCAGAAGCAAAAAGAUUUCCCCAAAGACCUUUAUCCUGUCUACAUGUUUGCUGUACAAUAGAAUCUUGUAUUGGAGUAAAACAAAUUGCCUUAUACUAAUUUCAUAUUUUGUUUUUGGCUUGACAGGGUGAUUUGUAUUAUAUUCAUAUAUGCACCUCUGCAUCGACAAUGUAUGCUAGGAAUAAUUGCAUGCUGAGCUCACACUAGCACCAUAUUAAAAAAAAAUAACCACAAAUAAAACAUAAAUAAUUUAUUUUUAUGAGAUGUUUUGAAUUCUUCCAUCCAUCCAUCCAUAGUUAUACUUUUGUAACUCUGACCAUUUCAGAUUUUCUAAGGCUAGUGUGUUUCUUAUAAAUGUAUUUUUCAGAAUGUCUGAAGAAGUAAUUUGCCUUAAUAAAUCAUCAACUC